AGCUCCAUUUCUAUUUUCUCGCCGCAUACCUCCUCCUCCUCCGCCUCCCGCGCGGCGGCGAUUCAGCUCCGCCGCCGUUCUCGUGCGAUUCAGCCGAUCCUAAAACCAAAUCGUUCAAGUUCUGCCAGAAAUCUCUGCCGAUUGCGCAGCGAGCUCGCGACCUAGUUUCGCGGCUGACAUUAGACGAGAAGAUUUCGCAGCUGGUUGAUUCGUCCGCCGCCAUUCCGCGGCUCGGCAUCCCCGCGUACCAGUGGUGGUCCGAGGCGCUGCACGGCGUCUCCGGCUACGGCCGCGGCGUCACUUACGGCGGCGCAAUCAAAGGCGCCACCAGCUUCCCCCAAGUUAUCCUCGCCGCAUCCACCUUCGAUUCACGCCUUUGGUACCGCAUUGGUCAGGCGAUUGGGAGAGAGGCGAGGGGAAUGUACAAUGAGGGGCAAGUGCAAGGGAUGACAUUCUGGACGCCAAACAUAAACAUAUUUAGGGAUCCACGGUGGGGGAGAGGCCAGGAGACACCUGGCGAAGAUCCAACGGUCGUUGCAAAAUACGCAGUGGCGCACGUUAGAGGUUUUCAGGGUGAUAAAUACGAGGGGGGGCAAAAUGGUCAUCUUCUGGCAUCCGCUUGCUGUAAACACUUCACUGCCUAUGAUUUGGACAAUUGGAAGAGUGUUGAUCGCAUGGAAUUUGAUGCCAAGGUGACACAACAAGAUUUGGCAGACACGUAUCAGCCACCUUUCAAAAGUUGUGUGCUAGAAGCCAAGGCCAGUGGAAUAAUGUGUGCUUACAACAGUGUGAAUGGAGUCCCAAACUGUGCUGACCGCAACCUCCUCACCAAAACUGCCCGCGGGCAGUGGGGUUUCCAUGGGUACAUAGUGUCUGAUUGUGAUGCGGUUUCUACCAUCUAUGAAAAACACAAGUAUGUACGUACACCUGAAGAUGCUGUGGCACUUGCACUCAAGGCUGGCAUGGAUGUGAACUGUGGCUUAUACUUGAAGAAAUACACCAAAUCAGCAAUUCAGCAGAAAAAAGUGGUUGAAUCCCAAGUAAACCGAGCCCUCAACAACCUCUUCGAGAUCCGGAUGCGGCUAGGGCUGUUCGAGGGCUCCCCGAGCCGCAGCCUGUACGGAAACAUUGGCCGAGCCGAUGUAUGUAGCCAGGCUCACCAAGACCUAGCCCUUGAGGCUGCGAGAAACGGCAUUGUUCUGUUGAAGAACGAUGCCAACCUGCUGCCUCUGUCCAAGUUGAAAACACGGUCCUUGGCUGUCAUGGGCCACAAUGCGGCCAAUCCCUACAUGCUGCGUGGGGACUAUGAUGGCCCUCCCUGCAAGAAUGUGGAUGUUGUUACAGCCCUAAAAGGUUAUGUACACAACACCCUGUUUGUACAGGGCUGCAGUAACGCUGACUGCGCCACGGCCUCGACUAGCAGCGCAGUGGCUGCAGCCAAGGAGAUGGACUACGUCGUUUUAGUGAUGGGGCUGGACCAGAAUCAGGAGAAGGAGGAUCAUGAUCGCGUCGAGUUAGGCCUCCCGGGACAGCAGCAGAGCCUCAUCACGGCUGUUGCUGCUGCUGCCAAGAAGCCCGUCGUCCUUGUGCUGAUCUGCGGUGGACCCGUCGACGUUGGUUUUGCGAAAAAUGACCCGAAAAUCGGCAGCAUUCUUUGGGCUGGCUAUCCAGGAGAAGCUGGAGGGGUUGCAUUGUCUCAGAUCAUAUUUGGGGAGCACAAUCCUGGUGGGAAGUUACCUAUGACUUGGUACCCGAAGAAUUUCGUUAACGUACCAAUGACGGACAUGAGGAUGAGGUCAGAUCUAAAGUCGGGCUAUCCAGGACGCACUUACCGAUUCUACAAAGGGCCAAAGGUGUUUGAGUUCGGGUACGGGCUAAGCUACACUACCUACUACUACGAAUUCAAGCAGUCGACUCCCAACACCAUCAGGUUGAACCAUCUCACGGGCGCUUCCCACGCCAUGGAUGAAAGUUUGAGUUCGAAUUCAAGUUCGAUCAGAGCCUUGUCCGUUGCCAAAAUUGGAGCGGACAACUGUGAAAUGCUCAAGUUCUCGGCUCAUGUAGGAGUCGAGAACACUGGGUCGAUGGCGGGGAGGCACACGGUUCUUCUCUUUGCUAGGCACGAAAGGACAGGCGAGGGAAGGCCUAUGAAGCAGUUGGUGGGAUUCGAGAGCGUGAGCUUAGAUCCGAGACAGAGAGAUGAAAUCGAGUUCGUGUUGAAUCCAUGUGAGCAUCUGACCACAGCCAAAAUAGAUGGUUCAGUGGUGAUAGAAGAAGGGUAUAGGUAUUUGGUGGUAGAAGAUAAAGAAUUCUCUAUUAACAUUGUGAUUUGAACAACAUUAUUAUUUGUGUUAUGAAAUUUUGUUUUACUGA